AUGUCGACUAUUGAACCCUAUGAUGGUCCUCCACGGAAUAUUCAGCCAAUCGAUGAAGUCAGAUUUGAUGGGCGUUUAAGACCGAAGAAUUAUGAGAUUUUUGGCACACAUCCAGACUCCAAGAUCUUAAUAACAGACGUGCGGAUCCUGGACUCAACAGAGAAAAAGCCGUAUCGAGGAGACGUUCUCAUCGAAGGAGAGCGAUUCACCGCAGUAGGAAACGUCCUCAAUAAAGAUGAACUAAAACGAAACCCCAAAGUUCGCACAUUCAGCGGCAGAGGUAGGACUCUAAUGUCCGGUCUGGGUGAUGCACAUACCCAUCUCUCAUGGAACGGGGGUGAUCUGGCCCGGCUAGGCGAGCUUGAUGUGGAAGAACAUACUCUGCUUACAGCAAAGAGCGCCCAAUGCUUUUUAGAUUCGGGAUAUACCAUGUGCUGGGGUGCAGCAUCCGCAAAGGAUAGACUAGACGUCGUGGCACGCAACGCCAUUAACGCCGGCGACAUCCCGGGACCUCGCUAUCUCGCGAACGCCAAAGAAAUUUGUCGAAGAGAUGGCGAUCUAGUGCCAGGGAUCAGCGCCUACGCUGACGGCCCGGAUGAAAUGAGAGAGGUCAUCCGUCGACAUGUUGAGUUGACUGCAGAUCAAAUUAAACUUAGCAUGUCAGGAGAGCCGAUCACAGAAGACCGUUCAGUAGACGAAUGCUAUUUCACAAACGAAGAAACAGCAGCAUGCGUCAACGAAGCCCACAAACACGGCCGAAGACUAUGCGCCCACGCAAGAGGCCGUGACUCGAUAGCCAUGUGCAUUCGACAGGGUGUGGACGUGAUAUUCCAUGCAUCAUACAUCGACGACGAAGGAAUGAACAUGCUCGAAGCCAACAAAACGAAACACAUCGUCGUCCCCGCCUUGAACUUCCCCAUAAACACCCUCGAAGACGGCGAACGCUUCGGCUACUCACGCUCCAAAGCAGAAGCAGCAGGCUACAAGACCGAGAUCGAAGCAGCAGUUCUUGCAAUGCGCGAGAUGCAUCGUCGGGGCAUUGUCCUGUUGCCGGGAGGAGACUAUGGCUUUGCUUGGACACCACAUGGUACAUAUGCUCGCGACCUCGCGCAUUUCACCAAGUUACUUGGCUUCACACCACAUGAGGCUAUUAUCGCAGCCACAGCGGGUGUCGCGAAGCUUUUCAUGCGAGAACAUGAACUGGGAAAGAUUCAGUCGGGGUACUAUGCAGACUGUAUUCUUGUGAAUGGGGAUCCGUUGGAGGAUAUUGAGAUUUUGCAGGAUCAUGAUCGGUUGGAUAUUAUUAUAAUUAAUGGGAGGGUGCAUAAGGCGGGGAAGAAGGAGUAUUUGGGGGAGGAUAAGAUGUUGAGGAACGGGAAUGGGAUCAAGAGGGAGUUGGAGGUUGAUGGGGCGGAAGUUCCUGUGGUGAAGAGGGUUAUGCAGAAGGAUUAUUGA